AUGACCAGGGCCUGCCAAGAUCCAGGCCCUGCAGCCUCUGGGGGUGGUGGUGAUGCCUACAAGGAAGAGCCCAAACAGGCGGUUACCGCCACAACCACUACUCACGAAGAGGUUGAGCUUAGGCUUCCUGAAGCCGGACGGGAAGGUCGCCACUCUUCGUCUGUCUCUGCCGUCGCUAGCCUCCCCCCUCGGAGAGAGCAGCAGGAAUACCACGAGGAAGAGGUUUGCUACACUCGUGAAGAGGAGCAUCACCACCGUCCCGGUACCCACCACCACCUCCUUGAGGAGCGCAGGCCCCAACCUCAGUACUCGGAGACCUUCAUCGACGUUGACAACCACCACGACCACCACCAUCAACAUCAUCACCACCGUCCCGCGCGUUCGGAGCACUCUUCGCACCGCACCGAGACCGUAGUUUCUGCCAUUGACACUAUCGAGCGUGGUUACCGCGCCCGUGCCCAGUCCAACUACAAGGAGCCGUCCGAGUUCACCAUCGACCCUCCCCGUUCGCGUGCCGGUUCUCCUGUCUACAAGGAGACCAUUGAGGUUGAGGAGUACGCUCUCGUCCCCGCCAAGAAGAACAGCCACAAGCACCGCCCCGUGUACUUCGAGGAGAUCGAAGUCAAGGAGACCGAGUCCAUUGCCCCUUCGCAAGCUUCCCGCAAGUCCAACAACAGCAACAAGAUGGGUUACUACGACGAUUCCGGCCGCCACCACUCGAUCCGAGAGGAUAUUCAUCAGGGCCUGCACAAGGUGGCUGACCGCAUCAUCCACCCCCGUGGGCAUGGGCACCAUGAACAUUCUGCAGGCAACGACAACGCUGUCGCCCGUCGCAGCCCCAAGCCCUCCAAGGCUAGUGGCAAUGUCGUGACAAUUCCCUGCCACCAUAUUCGCAUGGGUGAUAUCCUCAUUCUCCAGGGUAGGCCUUGCCAGGUCAUCCGCAUCUCGACCUCGCCCGCCACCGGCCAGCACCGCUACCUGGGUGUGGACCUGUUCACCAAGCAGCUCCACGAGGAGUCGUCCAACAUCACCAACCCGGAGCCCAGCGUCGUCAUCCAGUCCAUGCGUGGCCCCGUCUUCCGCCAGUACCGCGUCCUGGACCUCAACGACGGCCAGGUCACCUGCAUGACCGAGAACGGCGAUGUCCGUCCCGGCAUUCCCGUCAUGGAGCAGUCCAACCUCUGGCAGCGCCUGACUGAGCACUUCGAGUCCGGCCGUGGCUCCGUCCGAGUCCUUGUUGCCAACGACGGCCCCCGCGAGCUCAUCGUUGACGUCAAGGUCAUGCACGGCUCGCGCCUGUAA